AUGUCGCUCGUGCCUUACUGGUUGCGCCAUUUGAGGAACUUGGCUUACCGGGAUCCCGUUAUUAGAGCUCUAGAAGACCCGUUCUCGGUAUUCUCUAAGGAUCCAUUUUUCCGGGACCCAAUUAAAUACAUCAGGCAAGUGACAGAACCAGUCGAUCGCGAUCACCAUGGGAUCGAAGGUGUCUUCUCCGAUUCCGAGGUAAAAGCUGAUGGGAAGAAAGUAGAAGUACAUCUGGAUGUUCAGAAUUUUAAACCGGAACAGAUACAGGUGAAGACAGUCGGAAACGAGAUAAUGAUUGAAGGAAAGAAGGAAAUAAAACGUGAGGACGGCUGGACAAGAAGCCACUUCGAGAGACGGUUCUUGCUACCUGAAGGCUUCCCACCAGAACGGGUUGAGUGUCAUCUUGAUAAAGGUAAACUGAAGCUGGUGGCGUUUAGGUCGGAGCCCUUGCAAGAAAGAACCAUUCCGAUUCAAGAUAAAACGACAGAUACUGAGAAAUCGUAA